UACCGCCUUCAGAAGAGUCUACCGCUCUGGAGUGGGCCCGCGACGCCCGCAAUCCGCGCAACUGGACCAAGUCCACCAAAUGGGCCGCCACUUUGACAUCGUGCUUCAUGUCAAGCUUGGUUUCAAUUGCCGCUCACAAGCGGUGCCAGGUAUUUCUGAGGAUCUCGAGACACCUCAUUUGCUCGCAGUCAGUGGCAUCUCAUUCUUCACCAUUGCAGUCGCAAUUUUCCCCCUCGCUCUCGCCCCUCUGGGUGAAUCUUUUGGACGCCAAAAAGUUUACCUCGUUUCUUAUGGCGUCUUUUUCUUGUUUUUCCUGCCAAAUGCUCUAGCCCGGAACAUUCAGACGGUGUUAGUCGCCAGGUUCAUCUGUGGGGCUGCAGGCUCGGUCGGCUCAACGAUGGUCGGAGGCACGCUCGCAGACCUCUGGGAGAAAGACGAGAGAGAUGUUCCACUGGCCUUCUUUGCGCUCUCCGCACUUCUCGGAACACCUAUUGGCACCAUCGCCUUUACCUGGGCGGGCGGGAAUGUUUCUUGGAGAUGGAUCUUCUGGACUCUGUUGGCCCUGGCUGCGCCAUCUGCCGCAGUGAUUCUCCUCUUCUUUCGAAAGGAGACACUGCCUGCAGAAGCCCGGCGGCAGCUUGCUGAAGCCGCGUGCAAGGUCGACUCGGCCUCGAGAUCCUCGUCAACGACCCAAGUUCCCUUGCAGUCUCGAUCCGCUUUCAAGACUCUGCGCGAGGCGGUCAUCCGCUCGGCGCUCCGCCCACUCUACUUUUUGCUCACCGAACCAAUCACUCUGACGCUCAGCGUGUGGAUUGCAUUCGCCUGGGGUGUGCUUUAUCUCUUUCUCGAAUCGCUACCUCUCGUUUUUGCGCCAUAUGGGUUCACGUCGGACAACAUGACGCGAGGGUUGUCAUUUGCAGGCAUCGCUGUGGGCGCUCUUCUCGGUCUUGUGCUACACGUCGCCAUCUUGAAGGCUCGCGGAGUCGCGAGCACUCCAGAGCAGCGUUUACCAAGCGCCUGUUUCGGAGCUCUUCUGUUCUCGUUCGGCUUCUUUGUCCUCGCUUGGACCGCCCGGCCUGAUCAGAUACCCUGGAUUGUGCCUCAAAUUGGCACAGCCAUGACCAUGACGGGCCUCUUCCUGGUUUACACAUGCAUCUUUAGCUACUUUUCCGACUGCUACGGCGCUUACAGCUCUUCUGCGAUUGCGGCUCAGAGCUUCCUGCGCAAUAUACUGGCCACAGCAUUCCCCCUUAUAGCCGAAAGGAUGUACCAGCAACUCACGUAUCCAUGGGCAUCGAGUCUGCUUGGUUCCGUCGCCCUCGUCUUGGCUCUCGUGCCGUUUCUGCUCAUGUGGAAGGGCCAAGCCCUGCGCAAAAGAUCUCCCUUUGCCCAGUCGGAGAUUGGCAAAUCGUGAAACCAGGCCGCUCGACCCGCUUUAUUCGUGAUUGUUGGUGUGUCACACACAGCGCCAAUGAAGCCCCAUGACGAAGGCAAGGAUGAGCGGGAUCAGAGCCGAUCGACCGGCAGCUGAGCAGCUGAUCGAUUUA